AUGAGUGAUAAACUAACAAGAAUUGCAAUUGUCAGUUCCGACAAAUGCAAGCCAAAAAAAUGCAGACAAGAAUGUAAAAAAUCUUGUCCCGUAGUCAGAAUGGGCAAACUUUGCAUCGAGGUGAAUCCGGACAGCAAAGUUGCCUUUAUUUCUGAAGAGUUAUGUAUUGGUUGUGGUAUCUGCAUAAAGAAGUGCCCAUUUUCUGCAAUAACGAUUAUCAACCUUCCUACUAAUCUCGAGAAAGAAGUUACCCACCGAUAUUCAGCCAACUCUUUUAAACUUCAUCGUUUACCCGUUCCUAGGCCAGGUCAGGUUCUUGGGUUAGUUGGUACUAAUG